AUGAUUAUCAUUAAAAAGACAUCUGGCCGAGAUAUCGUCCAGGCCGGAUUGCCUUCGAGCCGUCCGACGGGGCCGGAUUGCCUUCGAGCCGUCCGACCGGACCGCCUUCGAGCCGCCCGGGAAAACCGCCUUCGAGCCGUCUGCCAGGCGUUCAUAGAAAUUCGACCCAACCAGCCUUUCAACCCGUUCGGUUUCAUCAACCCGAACGGCAACCGGCCGCCGACGGUGACGCUCACGUCGCCCCCGACGACCACGACCACGACCACGACCACCCCGCCGCCGCCCCCGCCGCCGCCGCAGUCCGUCGAUUAUCCGGAUUAUCCGGAGUAUCCGGACUACGGUCACCAAUUCGGGCAUGGACAUCGACACAGACCGCACCGCCCACCCCCUCCGCACCGGCCUGGCCAAUUCGGAGGCUUCAACGGGAGACCCGGCUUCAACGAGGGACCCGGCUUCAACGGGAGACCCGGUUUCAACGAGGGACCCGGCCCGCAGCCGCAAACCGUGCCGACACCGCAACCCACGCCUCCAACCACAACCACGACCACAACCACGACCACGACCACGACCACGACCACGACCACGACCCCGCCACCCCCGCCCACUCAACCUGCGGUGGUCGAACCCCUCCCGGAUGAGCUGGCUGAGCUGACUUGGAUCGACAAGAUCAACCCGAAGACGGGGGUGGUGAACCUCCCGCUCAACACUCAGGGCGCGCCCGUCAGCGCCGACGUUCAGAGCCGGUUCUUUCCCGUCGGGUUCAACAAGCCGAACGUGCCGUUCCAGCCGUGCCUGACGCCGCGUGCCGAGAAGGGGCACUGCCGGCACCUGCAAUAUUGCAUCCUGAGCGUGUUCGUCGGGGACUUCCGUCAGUUCCUGUCGUACUCGUGCUUCAUCGAGGGGACGUACGUGGGGGUGUGUUGCCCGGACACGGUCUUCGCGCCGCCGCCGACGUCGACGGUGCCGCCGCCGCCGCCGCCGCCCGCGACGCCCCCGCCGGGAGCCGCCAACUGCAGCGGGUCCACGCCGCAGAAGCGCGGCUGCGGCCUGCAGAAUCACUUCAUCACGCGGAUCGUCGGGGGCAGGCCGGCCGACCCGAAGGAAUGGCCUUGGAUGGCCGCGCUCCUCCGGGACGGCACCGAUAAUUAUUGCGGCGGAGCGCUCAUCACCGACAGACACGUGCUCACCGCCAGUCACUGCGUCUCUUCGUGA